AUGUCCCGCACCGCCUCCUCCCGCAGCGGCGUCGGCAGCGGCAAUGGCAGCACCGCAAUGAGCCGCACAACCUCCACCUCCAGCACCACCAGCACCUGGGGCGUCCAGUGGCUCACCAGCGUCCUCGCCCCACCCGACGACCCCGCCCCCGCCCCCAGCAGCAGCAGCACACACCCACGGCGCCGCGGCCGCCGACGCGACGAUGCCCCCCACCCCCCGCAGCACAAACGGGCCACAUCCCCCGACCCCGACACCACCCCCGAGGAGGAGGGGGAGGAGCAGUCAACACUGGUCUACGUGCACCCCGUGAAGCCCACCGACACGCUCGAAGGCAUCGCAAUCACAUACAACACCAGCCGCGACGCCCUACGCCGCGCAAACGGCAUGUGGGCGCAAGACGGCGUCGGCAGCCGCAAGACGCUGCUGCUGCCUGUUGAUGAGUGCGGGACCAAGGGGGCCACCGUCCCCGCCCCGCCGCCGACGCCGCAGGCGGAGGGGCAGAAGGGAGCAGAUGGAGAAGGGGCGAGGGAGGGGGAAGAUGGAGGGGACAAGCAGAGACGCUACAAGCACCACUCAUAUGUCACCAUCCCCCACGUCGGCACCGUCCAGAUUGCACGCCUGCCGCGCAAAAAACUCUCGCACUUCCCACCGCGGCGGCGGCGCUCCCACACCCACACCCACACGCACACGCACAGCGUCUCUCCCCCCUCCGACGACCCGCCGGCCGACGUAUUCCGGGGCAUGACCGCCGGCGUCGGCGACCUGCACCCGCACACCACGCACACCCACCAUGGGGGCCACAGUGGGGGCCACACAAGCGAACAGACGGUGACCAUCGGGCCGACCUUCAAGACGCUCAGCGAGCUCGCGCAGGACACGGCCGUGGGGCUCGAGAAUGUUGGUAGUGUUGUGGAGGGGUUCGUGAGGCGGUGGACGGUCAAGGCGUCGGAUUUUGUGGGUGGGGAUUUGAUUGAGUUGACGCAGCGGCUGGGGUUUGAUGAGGGUGGGGGACAGGGGAUGGAGAGGAGCUUUAGUGGUGGGAGUGGUGGGGGUGGAGGGGGAGGUGGAAGGGCUGCGGGGGGUGGGAGUGGUGGGGGGACGGGCGUGGAGAGGAGGGUGGUGAGGGAGCGGUUACCGAGGAGGGAGGGGGAGAGGAGGAAGGUGUUGUAG